GUUGCAAGGUCUUUGGAAGGACAGCUCAUGGAGAGCGCUCACUACGAGUAGUCCUACCGGCCUGUGUGCACCUUGAUGCUCUGGGCACAUUCUUAAGCGCCUGGGAAUUGGAUCAAUUUGCUGCCAAGGAGGCCAUUGCUGGCCCCCGGGAUCUAUGUUUGAAAGCCGUCUCGCACCCACAUUUGCAGCUCGCGAGCUGCGAUACAUAAUCAAGCAAAGGGUUUGAGCAAGGUUUUUCUGAAAUAGCACAAUGCAAGUCACACAAUGAGCAACUGCUCUCCAAAAGCGGAGUUUUGAAGGGCACGAGGUUUUCAAAACUCCAAGGUCUUGUUUGAGGCACCUUGUCCCUGUCGUCAUUUGCCAAGCGCCUUCUGAGUCAUGACACCAGUGGUUUGAGGAAGUAAUCCAGAUCUAGAAUAGGUACCAUCUGUAACCACUAGCCUUAGAUCGCCCACUAACCCGCACUUGGAUGCCGCCCUGACCAUGGCCUCUAAUAAGCGUAGGCUCUCCCCAACGGCUCUCAUUGCCCUCCUCUUGAUACCCGUGGGGCUGCUGCUUCUUUACCAGACGCCCCCCCAGGCGCUCUUUGCCAGUGACACGCGCACUAGGUCCUUCCCAGGCGAUGACCUCAUGUUUGGUGGGGACAAGUAUGAAGGGAGCGCCGCCGAGUUGCUCGCAAAAGCUAUCGCAUUGUCAGAAAACAUGCAGCGCCAGGGGCGCGUCCUAAGGGAACGGUUGGCGGCGCAAGAGACGCAGCUCUCGGCAGGGCUUACGCAGCAACUAGAGGGGAACACUCUUUCCACCGAGCGGCGCGGGGUGCUGUCGUCAGCAUACCCCCCCUCGUUCACGAAAUGCCACCACGGGGACUGGGAGGGGUAUCAGGAAGACGAGUUUCCCCUGGUGAAGUGGACCCCCCGGAGAGAGAAGUUCAUGCUCGCGGCGUGUUACGAUGGCGGAUACUCGAACCGGAUGCUCUGCAUCACGUUCCUGGUGCAGAUCGCAGCAAUGCUGGGACGGAGAAUGGUGCUCCUUCCCUGGCCAGGCAUGAUUCUGCCGCACCAGGGGGGAGACGAGUGGAUCACGUUCGACUUGGCGUCGGUCAUCGACGUCGACUUCAUGGCUUCGUGCGCGGCGACCGGAGAUGCUGCUCUCACUUGGGACGCUUUCCGGAAGGAGCAUCCCGGGCCGAUUGCAGCCGCCGGGCUCUGCUUUGAGUCGCCAAUAGCAGAUCCGACGAAGUUGAAGCAGCCGUGUGGGUGGGCAAUCCAACACGGGGCCGAGAACUAUGACAUCAACGUGGAUUUCAAGGGCUGGGUAAACGUCACGAACGCACUCCCGGAAGACGAGCUAGUGCAAAGCCUGAGGCAGGCAGGCGAUCCGGACGUGGUAUGGGUCUUGGGGACGCACAACAACAUCCCGCACGUGUGGAACAACGGGCAAAUGCGUCCCAGUUGGCCGUACACGCCCGUGACGCGCACGUGCAACGGGUCCUUCUUUCAGCCCACCCCCGCAAUCAUGCUCGCCGCUAAACGCUUCAUAGCGGGCUACACCGGCGAGAAGUUCGCUGCGAUCCACCUCCGUCGUAACGACUUCAUCGACCACCUCACUCUAGACACCAAGAUGGACUGCCAAUACGGAGACCCAGGCUGCUUCACGCUCUCCAUUCCCCAGCUAGCGAAAUGCCUAGACCGAGCGUUAGAAGCAAAGGGGCUGUCGUUGCUUUUCGUCGCAACCGACGCGACUGCGGAAGAAAUUGAGUUGCUCAAGGAGCUCUUGCGGGGAGGCGGAAAAACCGUGAUCCGAAUACCGCGUAUCACGGAAGUGCAUAAGCAUAGGUGGUACCAAGGGCUGCCGCCCAACGACGAGAUGGUGUAUUCAGUAGUUGAAAAGACGAUUUGCGCGAUGGCUACCAUCUACAUCUCGAGCUUCUACUCGACUUUUUCGCAGGACAUACAGAGGCUGAGGUACGACUGGAACCUGGACACGUGUCAUGACCACUUGAUAUGUAGGUUAGAUUAACUGUUUUCUUCUGGUCAGGAGGGAUCAAGCUUGGCCCUUCAAAACAGGACUUUAUCACGUCUAGAAUGGUGAGGGAUAGUGUCGCUCUAUGCUUCAGGUGUUUGAUUACUGAUCGUAAGUUAGGGUGUCCCAAUCGUCACAGGACAAUGUUUAAUCAAAGGCGACCUUUGACUAACGUUAUUUGACGAUCUGGACCCCAGGUUUUGAUGAUACUCUGUAAGUUCGCUAGAACUCCAGAGGUGAUGAUUCAAGAAAGCAGAAAAUUGGUGAAGGAGCUCUAGCUAGCAGCCUCACGUUGAGUAAGGUGUUCGUCCUGAUAAGUUAGAGGACAUGCAUCAGUAAUGCCAGUGCAUCUGGACAUGGAAAUGCUAGCUUCGAGUUUUGCUGUGAUGCAAGCAUGAUGUCAGGCAACAGGGGA